AUGACGGAGGAGAGCAAAUGGACAACAAUCGCCAUCAUUGGAGGUGCCGUUGCAUUGACGGCUACUGCAACUUAUUACUUCCGCUUUGAUACUAGAAACUCGACCCUCCCAAGCAUCUUCCAACUGGGACGAAACGAUUUCAAACCUAAACCAGGAGAAGAGACUUCAACUACAAAUCCAUUCCAAGCUCACGUUAUUGUGGGAGUGGGUGUUGAAAAAUUGGGGCCUAUAUUCCGUAUCCCAUUCACAAACCAAGUUAUUGUCGCCGAUGCUGCAACUGUCAGGCAUAUAACUACUAGCUCUGAGAAAGAGUAUGGGAAGAGUGACAAUUUUCAACGUAUCUCGUUUAUCAAGCUUGGACUGGUCGCUUUGCAUGGGCAACAACAUCAACGACAUCGAAAACUGCUCCAACCAGCUUUCGGGCCGUCACAUUUACGGGCUGCUUUAGACGCCAGUUACGAAAGCAGCAACAAGCUAAUCAAGAUCUGGUCGGAAAGGCCUGACUCUGAACGUGUCGUGGAUGUGUAUCGAGCCAUGACUGAUUUGACCUCGGAUGUCAUCGCAAAAAUAGCCUUUUCAUAUGAUUUCGGAGCAUUGGAUGCUUACGGUGACAAGGACGAUACUCGUGAAUUAGAAGCCGUAUUAAAAUUCUUCUCAACCGUAUCUCCGACCCGGGCUAUGAUGCCAUGGUUCUUACGUCCAUUUUAUGGAAUGACUGUUCCUCAAAUUCGUCAACGAGUCAAACCCUUGACUGACUUGCUCGAACACGUCCUACAAGUCAAACGAGAUGCAAUUGCUGCUGGCACAGUCACGAAGGGCUGGCAGAUGGAUGUGCUCGAUCGCUUGUUACAAACUGAUGAGGAGACUGGAGAGAAAAAGUUUGAUUCUGCGGAAAUUAUGGAUGAGGCACUGACGUUUUAUGCGGCUGGUCAUGAAACUUCAGCAAAUAGCUUGACUUUUAUAUUCUUACGACUGGCACAAAACCCUGACGUAUGCAAGAAAGUGCAAGAAGAGAUUGAUAGAGUCAUUGGUCCUAAUGGUCGAGUGACGAAUGAGAAUAUCGGUAGUCUGACCUAUUUGGAACAAGUCUUCAAGGAAACGCAGCGUAUCGAUCCGGUGGUCGUUGGAGUACAAACACGAGUACCUGCAAAAGACGUCGUGAUUCUUGGCCAUAAAAUCAAGGCUGGAACCAAGAUUGUUAUGCCCAUCAAGCCGCUACACUUUAGUGAAAAGUACUGGGAUGAACCACAUCUUUUCAAGCCUGAACGAUUUGAGAAAGUGCCUGUGCCAGGCUCCUUCUUGCCUUUUGGUGAUGGUGCUUUUGGGUGUAUUGGAAUGAAAUUGGCUCAGACUGAGAUUCGAGUCGUGUUGGCAACUGUUCUACAACAGUUUACUCCAGUAUGGAUACCUCAGAAUCUGGUGAUUGUGCACCAAGUCACAACUGGUUUGAAGAAUGGUCUUUGGCUGUAUAUGGAAAAGCGGUCAUAA